AUGGAUCAUCCAACAUCUAUUGACAACAAGUCCAGCCUCUCGACUGAGGCACAUGCUGGUACAUUUGAAAAGACACAGCUCGCUGCAAACACGAAUAAGGAGGAUGUCUUCUACAAAGGUGUCCUGGAUGAUGCUGGCGUGGAAGCUGCGGGCAUAGAUCCUGUCGCUGAGAAGAAACUGCUUCGGAAGAUCGACUUACACCUGAUCCCGAUAUUAUGGCUCCUCUUCCUAUGCGCCUUCAUCGACCGUAUCAACAUCGGAAAUGCACGUAUCCAGGGAUUGGAGCGAUCAUUAAAUAUGCAGGGGAGCGACUACAACAUUGCUUUAUUCACGUUCUUCAUAACUUACAUUCUGUUCGAGGUACCCAGCAAUAUAUUGCUCAAGAAGAUACGUCCUUCGAUUUUCCUUAGCUCAAUCAUCGCAAUUUGGGGCGUGAUCACGAUCGGCAUGGGUUGUACGGGCUCUUUCGCUGGACUCGUUAUUUGCAGACUACUGAUCGGAUUCUUCGAGGCUGGUUUCUUCCCUGGCUGCAUCUAUCUUAUAUCAAUGUACUAUAAGCGACAUGAGCUACAGUGGCGCGUCAAUCUCUUUUUCUCCGCUUCUAUAAUCGCUGGCGCCUUCUCAGGAUUGCUUGCAUACGCGAUAGCACAUAUGGAUGGCGUGGCGGGCUACGCGGGCUGGAGGUGGAUCUUCAUUCUGGAAGGACUAGCCACAGUGCUGAUCGCGGCUGCGUCAUACUUCGUAAUCCCAGACUGGCCUCACAAUGCGAAAUUCCUCACCAACGAGGACCGUUCUAUGCUUUCUCGGAGAUUGGCCCUUGAUGUCGAGCGUGCCACCAUGAACCACUGGGACAAACACACAGCAAAGCGGUGCUUCGCCGACAUCAAGAUCUGGAUCGGCACAUUUAUGUACAUGGGCAUUGUACAGACCGGAUAUGCAACUUCGUUUUUUACACCAACGAUCCUCAGACAAUUGGGCUGGACCUCAAUCCGAGCACAAGUCAUGUCUAUCCCAAUCUUCAUCGUGGCCACCGUCGUUGCACUUGUCACUGCCUACUUCACAGACCGAAUGAAGCACAGAUUUUCGUUCAUCAUCGCGGGAUGCUGUAUCGCCACAAUUGGCUAUGCAAUACUUCUAUCUAUGCUCAGUGUGCCAGUUGGCGCACGGUAUUUCGCUCUAUACCUGAUUACAAGCGGUGGCUACAUGGCGCAACCCGUUACGCUCGUUUGGCUCUCCAACAACGUCAGUGGGCAUUACAAGCGUGGUGUCAGUUCUGCUAUGCAAGUUGGGCUAGGAAAUAUUGGUGGUAUCGUCGCCUCGAACAUCUAUCUCCCAAGACAAGCACCAACAUAUCACCUAGGCUUCGGCAUGGGUCUGGGUUUCCUAUGGAUGUGUGUCUUGUGCGCAGUCGUCUUCUUACUAUAUCUGAAGCGAGAGAACAAACUGCGCGACGCAGGCAAGAGAAAUGAUAGGUUGCUCUUAGCUCCAGAAGUACAAGAUAAUUUGGGAGAUGAUCACCCAAGUUUCAGGUUCAGUUACUAA